AUGUUCCAGGACGCAUGGAAUGAGUUCACGACAUUGCUUACCGCCGAGGAACGAAAUGAGUUCCAUGAAACCCGGGUCGAAGAUGUCAGGAGGGCAGUCUUUAACCUACAGCGCGACCAGGAAAGAAAGAAAUCACUAAUAAACUGCUCCCGGCUGAACAACUUCCUACAGGGAAUGAGCACCAUUGUCAAAAUAUCCAGCGCACGAUUUCCCAAGGAUAGCUACGCUGCAUAUAUAUUGGCUAGUCAUUUCGCAGAAACUUUUGAUGCAUUACUAAGUGCAUAUGAAGACAUUGGCGAAAAGCUGACUUUCCUAUCUGCAAAUGAAAAAGUCUUUACCCAGUACCCGCUCAUGCAGCGCAUUAUAGGCUGGGUGUAUGCUGACUUACUCGAAUUUCACAUCAAAGCACAGCAGUUUUUCCGUCACCGCGGAUGGAAACAGGUUUUCAAGGCAAACUGGGGCAACUUUGACACACGUUUCCAGGGCAUUUUAGUCAAUUUCCAGCGCCAGAAGGACCUGGUUGAGUCGCUUGCGCGGUACACGGUUACUUCUAGCUCCGUCGACAUCUACUCCAUUAUGGAGAAGCUCAACACAUAUGCCUUGAAGCGGGGUAAACUCCGUGUAGAACUAGAUAGCAAGGAGAAAGAAGAGAAAGACAAGAAAUACUGGCGCGUAAUAGAAUGGUUGGCCUGUUUGCGGCCGACAGAAGGAGAGGAUAAGACUGCCCAGGAACAUGUCGCCGACCAUGAGUUCUUCUGCAAUGUGAGAAAAUGUAAUCCAGGCAGUGGGGACUGGAUAAUACAGAACGAAAUGAUGGCUAGCUGGAUGGAUGAUGAGACACCAAGAUACCCGGUACUCUGGUUGAACGGAAUACCUGGAGCGGAGUGCGAAAGAAAGAAAGGGUUCAAAACUUCAUACUUCUACUGCAAGGAGUCUGAUACGCAGAAGAGCGAUGCUCUUUCCAUUCUCCAGGGCCUCUUGGUUCAAUUGGUCACACAAGAACCAACCAUGAUUCCUCACUUCUUCAUGAAGGCGAGAUCGAGCGGACAAGUCACGUUAAUAGCCCAUCAACUUGCCCAAAACUUGAUCAAGAUUUCCUGCAAGCGAAUUCUUAAUCAGUUUAUCAUCAUUGACGGCUUGGACGAGUGUCCUAAGGAGGAAAGGCGGAUUUUGCUCUCUUUCUUGGCCGAAGUUGUCGACGAGGCAGAAGACGAUGAACCUGGGAAACUCCGCGUGCUGAUCGUCAGCCAGGACGAAGCAGAUAUUGCUGAAACGUUGAGUAAGGAGUCCCGCGCCCGACCGAAUUUUUCUGUAGGACAGUUCGCUAUACGCCCGAAGGAUAAUAUAAAAGAGAUUGAGGACUUUGUAGGGAUGUGGACCGAUCAAAUUGGGCGGAAAUUUCGACUUAGCUUCGAUGAAGUGAAAUGCAUCGAAAGACUUACGUCUUCGAGAACGAAUGGAAUGUUCCUAUACGCGAAGCUGGUCUUGGAAAAUUUAUUCAAUCAAACAAACAAAAACGACGUGGUUACAGAGCUUGAUGAGCAUCGUUUUCCAGAUGGCAUUGCUGCAGCAUCCUCGGUCGUCUUGAGAGACAAUGGAAAGAUCACUCAUCUUCUGGGGUGGAUGAUUUGUGCCAAACGGCCACUUAAACACUACGAGAUUCAGUGUGCCUUUUGCUUGGAGUUGACCGACAGUAACGAAACGCUCCAUGACGUUGAAAGUAGAGGACUGGUCGCGAAAGUAACAGAGCUUUGCGGGACAUUAGUGCGUGAGCUUCCUGGAGAGAGACUGGAGCUGGUCCAUGGCACAGCACGAAUAUACUUGACCAAGACGCAAUAUAUUAGCAAACCGGAUGUCGAAUGUAAAUUGGCAUCACUUUGCUUAAGAUACCUAACCAUGGACCUUUUCGAUCCCGAUCUGGAGAAGACAAAGAUCAAUCAGUACACUCUGGAUGGAUGGUUGUCUCUGCAAGACUACGUCGUAUCCAAAUGGUUUCAACAUCUAGCCGCCUUGGCAAAAAUCUACAACGAAGAAGGCUUUAAGGUCGAAGACAGCUUGGCAGCUCUGAAUUCACUCUAUGGAUCCAUGUUUCGUUUUCUGGACCGCUACGCAGAUGAUAUAUCGGACGAGCCAGUCCAUGACGAUGUGAGAGACGACUACAAUAAGCUUGCUAGCCAUGAGGUUUACGAGGAUAUAACUCGCAUUAUAAGCCAUGUUACGAGACACAUAGAGAAAGGACCAAACUUCCGCAACGAAAUAUGCCUCCAAUCGCUCAAGAAAGCAUUCGGACGGAACCGGGAGCUCAUUAAGAAGUUCUCCAUGGAAUCCUCGAGGAAUUCUGCCACCAAAGGAGCCCUCGUGGGCUAUUACGGCCACAAGCGCUUUAAGUGCUCGUUUGUUACCUGCCCUGAUUUCUACGAAGGCUUUGAUAGUGCUAAAACGCGAGAUAAGCACAUUGACAGACAUAACCGACCCUGGGUCUGCCAUGUUCCGCACUGUACCUCCAUCAGCUUCGGGUUUUCCUCUAACUAUGAGCUCGAAAAACACAUGAGAGACUACCACCCCGAUAAGAGCGACUUGUCAGCAUUAUUUAAACUCACACCGAAGAAGGUGAUAGAGUCUUCUAAGCACGUUUGCCACAUUUGCGGGAAAAGCUUUUCGCGGAACUUUCACAAGAUGAGCCAUAUUAGGAGCCAUAAUGGAGAGAAACCGUUUGAAUGUACAGAGUGUGGGAAGGCUUUUACAAGGGACAAUGAUCGGAAGAGGCACGAAAAGAAUCAUAGUAGGCGGCAGUAA